AUGGCCAUCUUGACCAAAUGUGCAACAUCAGUCCCACUGAUAAGAAAUUGUCCUAGACCCAAUUACAGUGCGAUUCAUAUCUCUUCUUUGAAGAGGUCCCGGCGUUUCUCGUCUCAGAGAGCGGAAGUCCAGAUUGUCGAGGUUGGACCACGGGACGGCCUGCAAAACAUAAAAGAAUCUAUCCCUACGGCGACCAAAAUCGAGCUGAUCCGCAGACUCGCCGAAACAGGGCUGACCAACAUCGAGGCCACUUCCUUUGUGUCUCCAAAAUGGGUUCCUCAGCUCGCCGAUGGAGCCGAGGUCAUGAGGGAAAUCCUUACAUGCCCUGGGCACAUCUUCCAAUCCCAUCAAAUGAACUACCCUGUUCUGGCGCCAAACCUCAAAGGGCUGGAGAACGCGAGCCGAGCUGGGGCAAAGGAGAUCGUGGUCUUUGCUUCUGUGACUGAGGCGUUUAGCAAAGCGAACCAAAACUGUACGGUUGAAGAAGCACUCCAACAAUGUGAAGCUGUCACCAAAAAGGCGCUGAGCUUCGGUAUUAGAGUUCGUGGGGUCAUAUCUUGCAUGUUUUCAGACCCUUUCACAGGCCCUACGCCCCCAGACGCUGUUCUGCCUGUUGUAAAAAGGCUACUAGAUAUGGGUUGCUACGAAGUUGGCCUCGGAGAUACGCUGGGUGUCGGUACGCCGAAGAAUGUCCAGGAUGUUCUUGACAGGCUACUACCGGAGAUAUCUCCCAGUCGACUUGCUGGUCACUUCCACGACACCUAUGGUCAAGGAAUCGCCAAUAUUGUCCGUGCUUAUGAUAUGGGUAUCAGAAAGUUCGACAGUAGCGUCGCCGGCCUCGGUGGUUGCCCAUAUGCGCCUGGGGCCCGAGGCAAUGUUUCGACCGAGGAUGUCAUCUACACCCUGGAGAACUCAGGAGUCAGCACUGGUGUGGACUUGGAUAAGCUUUGCCAUAUCGGCCAAUGGAUCUCUGGGGAGAUCGGUAUUCCAUAUGGGAGCAGAGCCGGUGCCGCUUUGGCUGCCAAGAGAGGCAGUGCUAUCUACUGCUCAACCAAGUCAAAGGCUACACCUCCUAAAGAGCCACGGGUAUGGAAGACUGUGGAAGAUACUGGCGAGUAUCGUGUCUCUCGAUCGGGUACUGCCUUGAAAGUCACCCUGACACGACCUAAGAAUGGGAACGCUCUGACUGAUUCCAUGCUUGAAGGCUUGACUGCCCUCUUCAAGAAGCUUCCUCAAGAUCAAUCCGUAUAUCACCUCGUGAUUGAGUCAGAGGGCAAGUUUUUCUGUACAGGCAUGGACCUUAGCGGAAACACUGACACAGCCAAUGGCUCCGACGAUGGCAGUUACUAUGCCAAGGUUGCUGCACUGUAUGAAGCAUUAGAUCACGUUCCCCAAACCACCAUCGCCGUGGUUGACGGGCCAUGUUACGGUGGUGGUGUUGGACUAGCGUUCACAUGCGAUGUAAGGCUUGCAUCCCCCAAAGCACGCUGGACACUCAGCGAGAUCAAGAUCGGGGUUAGUCCGGCUGUGAUUUCCAAGUACCUCGUGCGAGAAUGGGGCGUCUCUGUGGCCCGAGAAGGCAUGCUGUCCGGGAGAGAGAUGAGUCCCGAAGAACUCACUCGGAUAGGGGCAGUUCAUGGGAUGAGCAGCAAUGAGACAUCCCUGACGACGCUGCUCGAUAACUAUCUGGAUCAACUAGCAAAAUGCGCUCCUCGAUCCGCAGCCAUUAACAAGGAACUCACAAGGAUGGCGUGGCUGUCUCCGGAUAGCGAGAAACAAGCGAGUCUGGUCAAGAAGACAUUUGCCAACAUGAUGGUUCCUGGAUCGGAGGGAGAGCACGGGAUUGGACAGUUCCAAAAGAAGAACAAAUCGUUCAGUUGGAAGGAUUUCUGGGGAAACAAGAGCCCACUGGAGAAGUCCAUCUACUGA